AUGUCAGUUGGUACUCAGGCUAACCUUGCUACUUCGGAUGGAGAGCCGGUGAUCGUGGAGGGACCCCGGAACCGGACAGUCUUGCUCGGCUCCAGCGUCACGCUGCCCUGUCUCGUGGAGCCAUCCCCUUCGUCGAGCGGGGGCACGGCGGGGGCCACGAGCGUGCUGUGGUUGCAGGACGGGCGUAGCCUCGCCAGCCAGGGUAGCUCCCCGUGGCGGCAGCUGGACACCGGCGCCCUGCUCCUGCACCGGGUGGACGUGGCUGACGCCGGCUCGUACCGCUGCAGCGCCAGGAACGCCCACGGCGUCGCCUACUCCGAGACUGCGCAGCUCGUGGUGCACGUGCCGGCCAAACUUGAAGGACCCCCUCGGACUACGCUCAACGUAUCAGCGGGCACUACACUGGUUUUACGAUGCGACGCCGAGGGCGACCCACCCCCUGUGAUAACUUGGUGGAAAGACGGAAAGAGGGUGUCCACGGCCGAGUCGUCGGGAACGUCGGAGUCCCAGCUGAGCAUCAAUGCGACCGGCAGCGCUUUAUACGUGUGCCGCGCGACCAACGUCGUCGGGGAGAACCGCACUGAAGUGAGCGAGGCCCGUGAGUUCGUCGUCCAGGUCGAAGGAUCCCAGCCGCCAGCGUCCAGCACCACCGAGGCCGCCGUCGAACCGAGCAGCGGCGACGACUCCUCGGUCAUGGUUCAGGCCCAGCAGUCGCGGCCCGACGACGAGGAGGACGAGGCCCCUUCGGCGACCGGGUCGUCGGCCGCGGAGGACGUGCCGCAGGGCUUCUGCUCGCCGUACACGGGAUCGGCGUGCCGGCGCUUCCUGGGCACGGGCCUGGUCUACUACAACAUCAGCCAGGACGCGUCGCCCGUCGUCCUCAACGAGCAGCUCACGCAGCAGCUCUGGGACGAGCUCAUCUCGUCGCUCCUCGAGCCGUGCCGCUCGGCCGCCGAGGUGAUGAUCUGCCACUACGCCUUCCCGCAGUGCGAGUGGCGGGCCCGGCUCGCCAUCGCCAAGCCGCUCUGCCGCGAGGACUGCAUCGCAGUUCGCGAGCUCUUCUGCUACAACGAGUGGGCCAUGAUCGAGGACAACAAGCAGCGCGGCAUUUUCUUCAAGUCGCGCGGCCACUUCCGGUUGCCCGACUGCGACCUGCUGCCCAGUUACAAGGACAACGGCCUGUGCUCGCACGCACAUCUCACGGACUUCCAGGAAGACGAGGUCACCGUGAACUGCAUCAAAGGCCGUGGUCGCUUCUACCAAGGAAGUGUCAACGUGACGAAGUCUGGCAUUCCGUGCCAGCGAUGGGAUGUCCAGGAGCCCCAUCACCACAACAGACCUCCGAUGGUGUUCCCUGAAGUGCUCAACUCUGAGAACUACUGCCGAAAUGCCGGUGGUGAAGAGCCCAUGCCUUGGUGUUAUACAACAGACCCCAGGAAACGAUGGGAGCACUGUUCCAUACCCCAGUGCGAGAACACAACCCUGGGCGACGUGUCGGGCCGCGACAUCCUGGACCUGUUCGAGCCGCCCGGAGAGCCGUCGUUCGCGCCGGCGCUGGUUCUCCUCGUGUCCGCCGUGAGCUUGGCGGCGCUGGUGCUGCUGCUGUCGCUGGCGCUGGGCUGCCGCCGCCUGAGGCGCUACGGCGGGGCCCGCUCCCGUAGCGGCGGUUACAACGCAACGCCGACGGCCGACGUGGAGAUCGACCUGGACAAGCUGCCCUCGAAUGCCUCCUACCACCACACCGCUGCCAGGCUCCACCCGCGCCUGGAGAAGCUCGAGUACCCGCGAAACGACAUCAUCUACCUGAGAGACAUUGGGCAGGGGGCUUUCGGACGCGUCUUCCAGGCCAAGGCCCCCGGCCUCAUCAAAGGUGAUGACUUCACCACGGUGGCGGUCAAGAUGCUGAAGGAGGAAGCAUCCGAGGACCUCCAGAGCGACUUUGAGCGCGAGGCCUGUCUCAUGGCGGAGUUCGACCAUCCCAACAUUGUCAAGCUGCUGGGCGUCUGCGCCGUGGGGAGCCCCAUGUGCCUGCUCUUCGAGUACAUGGGCAAGGGAGACCUGAACGAGUACCUCAGGUCCUGCUCCCCUUCCAACUACAUCGUGCGCAACCCGUCGGGCGGCUGCGGCGACAUGUUCAGCGACGUCCGGCUCAGCCACCUGGAGCUCGUCUCCAUCGCGCGGCAGGUCGCGGCUGGGAUGGUGUACCUGUCCGAGCGCAAGUUCGUGCACCGGGACCUGGCCACGCGUAACUGCCUCAUCAGCGACGACAUGGUCGUCAAGAUCGCCGACUUCGGCCUCUCGCAGAAGAUGUACGCGGCCGACUACUACCGCGGAAGCGAGCACGACGCCAUUCCCAUACGCUGGAUGCCGCUGGAGGCCAUCCUCUACAACAAGUUCACUGUCGAGUCGGAUGUGUGGGCGUUUGGCGUGGUGCUUUGGGAGAUCUUCUCGUUCGCGCUGCAGCCGUACUACGGCAUGACGCACGAGGAAGUGGUGGCGUUCGUCAAGGAGGGAAACUGCCUCGGCUGCCCAGAGGGCGCGCCGGCGCCGGCCUACGCGCUGAUGAGAGCGUGCUGGAGUCGCAAGCCAUCGGGCCGGCCCAGCUUCAAGACGAUCCACAGGGCACUCGGGACGCUGCAUAACGAGCUAGUCAAGCACAGGGACAAAGAGAACAUGGUCCACGUAUGAGGACAGGGACUCUAAAACUUCUACAUGUAUUGUGACACCAGUGACUUCAGAAGUCAUGUGCUCUCGACCAUGGGGCCGCUCGUACGGACUUCUCAGCAGUACGGCCUUUUAGGUCAGCACCACGAGGACUUGUUGGUGGUCCGACAACCACGGCUUUUGGUGUGCCGCCCGUUUAUGUUCGCAACUUUGUAAAGAUCAACAUCGAGAUUGCGAGUGUUGGAGUUAGCGAGGCGAAUUCGUAGGGCAUCGGGCCUGACCGUUCAUUUCUUUCGCGCCAGCAUUUCUUUUUUCGCCCACUGCUUUAAAAAGCAGAUCGUCGUGCCGGUUUUACAGAUCAUACAGUUGAAUCAUGUGCAGUCGGCGUCACCCUUGUGUGCAGCGCAGUAACAGAGGCCUCCGGGGCGCUUGGGGAGGGGGGGGGGGGUGCAGCCUGUGACAUCUAACGCUAGCUGCUGAGCCCGAAGUCUAACGGUAGCUACUGGGCACGUUUGCGCCUAUAAACUACCGUUAGACGUCGCUGGCUACCGCUAGAGUGCCCCAGAUUCCGACGCUCCUGCGCAAUGCACCGACUGUACUGUGCACUUUGCAUGAUUUGACCUUUGGGCAUCCGCAUCAUUCCAAGAAAUAAUUUAAUUCACGGUGCCAAAAUUUCAAUCAGCAAUGCCCAGCAUGUAGCUUGUGAGGUACACAGCAUCAGUAUUGCCUCUCUGCUAAUCUUACACUCAGUAUAAACUCUUUGGGCACAAGUGAAAAGGCAUGUUGUAGCCCAUCAUUCACCAUAAUUUAUUGUGAUUUUGCUUUUAUAGAGGCAAUUAAGAGGGCAGACAUAUGCACCUUGGUCUACAAGUCAUUCAUUGUAGGUGUUGCACGUUCCCAAAGACACUAACAACUGACCAAAACAGCAGUAAAUUAGGGUGCAAAUGAAAAGAUCUCUUCUUUUACUGAUGUGUUUCAGGUAAACAAGAAAGUUUAAAUCUUGCAUGAACCACAAAAGCACUGUAAAACACUUCGUGUGAGACUGUCAUAAGUUACACAUAUACACCAUGUGAUCACGUGCUUUAUAGAUUCCUUACGUAAAUAUGUAUGCAGUUCUGUUUUUCACAAAAGACAUAUUUUAAACUUUCCUCUUCCCACAUGCAAAGGUUGAGUUAUUUUUUCACUUCAUUAAACCUUGGCACGAAAAUUAGCACCAAGGAUACUGUUACUCUCAAUGACUAGUAUAUUUAUCGUAAAUGACACACAGGCAAGAUAUUUUGACUAAAGAAUUUUAUUGGAGAUUUUUCACUAUGCUUGAAUUAAAGUCAUUACUAGGCUAGCAUAUUCUGGCAAUUAUGUUAUUGCUGUUCUUUGCAAGAUCCUACAGUUUCAACUGCCAGUUCUUGCAAAAUGACCACAAUGUUCGGAUAUGCAUUAUUUAAAUAAGCACAACAGUGUUAGUAAGUUACAGAACUUGGCCUGGCAGCUUACUUUGACACAUUUAUGAUAUUCAAAUUUCCCAGUUUAUAGAUCUUGCAGUAAAUUGAUAUGUGCAUCUCAUAAACUGACACACGGCACCUGAGAAGAACCUAUCCACACCCAGUUCCUUGUGGCACCAGGUUGGAGUAGCACAAAACACACUGUAAAAUGUAUAAUUCAUGGUGUUUACAAUUUGUGGAAUCUUCUGGGUCAUCUCUGAAAGCACAAAAAACGGCGAUUUUGUGUACUGAAUGCAAGCUGGUCUGCCAUUUUUCAGCACACAUCGUCAUUUGUAUGUGCAAGACACCGCUACAGUAUGACCUCACUGAGUGUUUUCUAUUCUGUUACACAAAUAUCACCUUGUCUGGAAUAACAAGCACAAGCAUUAGAUGGGACAGUCAGGCCAACAAGGGACAGGCCUUUAUUCUUAUUGUCCCACACAAGGAUGAACCAACUAGCCCCGAAGCAUAUUCUAUUAAAAUGUUACCUUUGUGAAAUUGCACUGUAUGUUGCCUAUAGACCAGACUCUUUCGAAGUGAGGAAGUAUUACGAUAGCAGGUGCAGUUGGUGUCCUAACUAAAGGUGUUGUACUGGAAUUCUACCCUUAGCUUCAUAAAUUCAGAACUUGUGAAGUUUUUUCCAGAAGUUUUUUUUCUGUUCACUUUUUUUGGAGGGGCAGCAGCUGUGCCCCAAUAUGCAGGCAAUAUUUGUAGUUCAAGCAAAUCAUACCUUAUGGUGUAUAAGGCUCGUUUGUGGCUUGAAAAAAUUUCAUUCUGGUGAUGUCAUGAGAAAAUAGCUUUCCUUAAAUGUUUUUCUACUCACUCUUCUCACUGCUAUCUUAUUAUGGGCACCGAUCGCUGAAAGUCCUUUUGUGCACUUGGUACCAAACUAAAUGCAAUAAUAUUAGUUUACAUGCUUGCUUACAUUAAGCUUUACAUUGCAAGCGACAGGAGUUUUGUGCUCAUGUAUAGCCUAAUGACAGGGAUGUGAUGAUGUACGCACUAAUAGAAAGUUCUUGCCAUUUCCCGAAGCAUGCCGUGCUUUGCCAGAAGAAAGAAUAUUUGCAAGGCUGGGAACUCUUUUCAUUAAAUUUUAUCCAUUUGCUUGUACAGACAAGUCGCUGACUGCAAGCGCAAUUGAAAACAUUCCAACACGUCAGCCUGCACUACUGCGGGAUUGCUGUACUCGGAUAGAGCAGGGACCAAGUGCCUGAUCCCAUCUAUCAAUACUAAACUCUGUUGUCCUCUGAAGAUUGUAACAAGGGCUUCCGAAAUGGGGCUUUUUACACAAGUGACCAUUUUAGUGUAAACGAAUGUCGUUUUCAUUUUUUUUUUUUCGUCAGCGAAGACCUUUAGCUUCUGGGACGUGUACAUUCUUUUAAAUCGUCUUGGGAAGACACCAUUUAUAUUUUAUAUGUUCUAUUAUUGUUUUUGUUAUCGCAUAGAAAACUUUAUCUUCGUGUAUUUUACAUUUUUACUCUUUCCUUUUGCUCAUGCCUUUUACUCAUGAGUUGCAUUUUUGCGACUUUUACGCAAGCAAAAAUAUAGCGUGUGAUGGUAACUGGCUAUUUUAUAGCAUUUGAGUGGAACUUGUCUAGACAACCUUUUCAAGAAUGGCAGGAGUGAUUGAGGUUUUCUUUUAUAUGAAGGCAAGAAGCGUGGACUGAGCUAUUGGUCAACAAAGCCUUACCAAAUCAUCUGUUGGAGCAUUUAGAAGCUUGUGUACAUAAUGUAUGCAGAGGUUUUUGCAGUGAAUUUGUGUGAAAUGCUUGUUAUUGAGCUAUUUGCGAAAUGAGGUUCUCAAGCACUUCCAAUUUAUGAGAAGAAGUCUCAAAACUAGCAUGACAUGAGUUAAGUACUGUUGACUGUGCUCAGUAAAUUAUGAUUUUUUGAAGAUGGAGCCCAGGCCACCCCAACUGUUUGUAACAAACACAAGAAAAUGUUGUGUCACAUUAUUUUUUUCGCACAUUAAAGUUUGGUGUGCUUAAGUGCUAAAAGUUGUGCAUUGUACAGGCUCACUAGAUGAGCAUAAUAAUUUUUCCAGGUACUAAACUUUUAUUUAUUCUCUUUCUGCAAGCUGAACCAGUUCUGCAAGCACUCUUCGUUGCAAAUUCUUAGGUGCUGCUCAAUAUCUGUGUCCAAUAUACUCUGUCCUAGUCAUUCCAUGCUACAAUGCUGAGGUACUACUGUUGGUGUUUCAGCUUGUUAUAUGGCAUUACGUUUAAUCAAAACAGCAAUCUUUAAUUCAAUGGCAACACGAUUUCCUAAAGCCUGCCAUUCGUUUCCGUCAUUUUCUCUUACAUUUAAUUGCAGCAUAAACAACCAGCAGUUAUUCUUACAUUGUCAAUGUAACCUGCAGAUUUUCACAUCCAAUAGAAUCAAACUUUUAAUGGAAAAAAAUUUUGUACACACCCUGCACUGCAAUCGUUAGAAUGUUAACUAUGUGCACCUAAAUAAUCUUACUGUCGUCAAUGUUAGAAACAUCAGAGCUAGAGUAAGCUUGACUAAAAGCUCAAUAUGUUGACCUUCUUUAUUUUCAUAUUUAGUCUUUCAAAGUGUUUGAGUUAUUUUGGUACUGGCCAGAAAACGUUCGUGUGUGACACUGGGACAAUUGCAAACAAGCAUCUUUGUGCUGUUGGUUUUCUGAGUGGGCAAUUAUUCCACACAUGUGCACGUCGAUAACGUCUGCGUUUUAUACAUUUGUCUACGCAACUGCACUUGCCGUAGGGUGGCAUUUUCAGGUCUGUUAUUGAUCACGUUAUGUGCCGCCUUCGACAGAGCUGUUCUCUGCGUGAGUGCUGUGCUUCUUCGGAGGAGUACAAGCUCUGCAGGCGCUGUGCUGUUGUGUAUAUGAGGUGCUGCAUGGUGGCACUGGACACAUCAAAUAAGCAACUCUUUCACAUGUGUGUACAGGAAAGUCACAGGCACCGCUCGUGGCAGCAUAUUGUUUCUUCUUAUCUCGUCACUUGCAUGUAUGUCUGGAUGUACAGUUUGGGAAGUGGGGAAACACGUUGUGGCAUUUGUACAUAAAAGCACCAUGGUACUUCUAA